AUGAGGCUGGAGAGAGGGGGUUCAGAGCUGGAAGAGGAAGAUGGAACUGGUUCCGAACACGCCGGAACCCGGCGCCGGGCGACGCUGGGUCACGUGGCCGACGGCCCCGUCGCGUGCGUCAACGUGGCGUUCGGGCGACUGGCCGAGUGGCCCCGCCACCUGCGUCACCUGUGCAGCCGAGCUGCCGACAUGGAUCUGGGGCCGAUGCGCAAGAGUUACCGCGGGGACCGAGAGGCAUUUGAGGAGGCGCAGCUGACCUCUCUGGAUCCCCUGAAGCAGUUUGCUGCCUGGUUCGAGGAGGCUGUUCAGUGUCCUGACAUAGGGGAAGCCAACGCCAUGUGUCUGGCUACCUGCACCAGAGAUGGGAAGCCCUCUGCCCGCAUGGUGCUGCUGAAGGGCUUUGGCAAGGAUGGCUUCCGCUUCUUCACUAACUUCGAGAGCCGAAAGGGAAAAGAGCUGGACUCUAAUCCCUUUGCUUCCCUUGUCUUCUACUGGGAGCCCCUGAACCGUCAGGUGCGUGUGGAGGGCCCUGUGAGGAAGCUGCCAGAGGAGGAGGCCGCGUGCUACUUCCACUCCCGCCCCAAGAGCAGCCAGAUUGGGGCUGUGGUCAGUCACCAGAGUUCCGUCAUCCCUGAUCGGGAGUAUCUGAGAAAGAAAAACGAGGAAUUGGAGAAGCUGUACCAGGAACAGGAGGUGCCGAAGCCAAAAUACUGGGGUGGCUACAUCCUGUACCCACAGGUGAUGGAAUUCUGGCAAGGCCAAACCAACCGCCUGCACGACCGGAUCGUUUUUCGGCGGAGCCUCCAGACAGGAGACGCCCCUUUGGGGCCCAUGACCCACCGAGGGGAGGAAGACUGGCUCUACGAGAGGCUUGCUCCCUGACUCCCAGGCUGCGGUGCCCACGGGAGGGGAGCGAGGACCAGCUAUUCAACAUUGGACAUGGGGAGACCCAGAGCCUGCUCCCUGGAGCCACGUUGUGAGUGGC